CGCCCGGCAGCCCGGCGGUCCGUCCCGGGCACCAUGCUGCCCUCGCAGGAGGCCUCCAAGCUCUACCAUGAGCACUACAUGCGGAACUCGCGGGCCAUCGGCGUGCUGUGGGCCAUCUUCACCAUCUGCUUCGCCAUCAUCAACGUGGUGGUCUUCAUCCAGCCCUACUGGGUGGGCGACAGCGUAAGCACCCCCAAGCCUGGCUACUUCGGCCUCUUCCACUACUGCGUGGGCAGCGGCCUGGCCGGCCGCGAGCUCACCUGCCGGGGCUCCUUCACCGACUUCAGCACCAUCCCGUCCAGCGCCUUCAAGGCGGCCGCCUUCUUCGUGCUGCUCUCCAUGGUGCUGAUCCUCGGCUGCAUCACCUGCUUUGCGCUUUUCUUCUUCUGCAACACCGCCACGGUCUACAAGAUCUGUGCCUGGAUGCAGCUCUUGGCAGCGCUGUGCCUCGUCCUGGGCUGCAUGAUCUUCCCCGACGGCUGGGACGCCGAGACCAUCCGGGACAUGUGCGGGGCCAAGACAGGGAAGUACUCCCUGGGGGACUGUUCGGUGCGCUGGGCCUACAUCCUGGCCAUCAUCGGCAUCCUCAACGCCCUCAUCCUCUCCUUCCUCGCCUUCGUGCUGGGCAACCGGCAAACAGACCUGCUGCAGGAGGAGCUGAAGCAGGGGAACAAAGAUUUUGUGGGCACUACAGUAAGCUCCGUGUUACGGCCAGGGGGUGAUGUCUCUGGAUGGGGAGUCCUCCCCUGCCCUGUCGCUCACUCACAGGGACCCUGAAGGCCAGGAUCACAGCCCAGGAAUUGACCUGACCUCAGCUUGUCCUGUCUCCUGCCCUCUCAUCCCUCCAUUCAAGCUCCGAGGGAAGACCCCAAUCUCAGACUGACUUCUCACCUCCCGCUGGCCUGCGAGCUCCAGGCUUUGAUGAGAGAAUGGGGCCAGGAUGCAGCUGGGGGGAGGGGAGAGGCGCUCCAGAUGCUGGGAGGGCCUGAUUCUGGCUCCUACCUCAAUUUUACCUAAGGGAGCCGGAAUCCCCCAGUUGCUUGGGCUUCUUCUUCUCCUCUCUGGCCUGGCUUGGAGGCCCCAACUCCCCAGGCCCCCUCAGACUGGAGGGCUGUGGCUUGGCUGUAUCCUUACCUCCUCUGGUCCCUGCCACCUACAGAAAUGUAUUCAAGACACUGCCCCACAGGGGGCCGGACUCUUUCCUACUUUUUUUUGCCCUUGAUGGUUCCACCACAUCUGCCACAGAGCUCCAGGUGCCACCAGCCUCCCCAGGGCCUCCUCUGCCCCCGCUCCAGCCUGCUCGCAGCUCUCCCAAAGGAAUCUGAGCUGCGCAGAGGGAGAAAGCACAGGGCCUCCCUGUCCACCGCUGCCUGGGCCCCGCUCAGCCCAGAGCCUGAGAAAAGACAUUCAGGCUCUGGAGGCUGCAGGAGGUGGCCCCUGAUCUCGGCAGCUGGAGCUUGGGAGCUGCGCAGACUGGGCUGGCCUGGCCUCCUCUCUGCUGGGAUGUGUCACCGUGACUGGACCCUUGACCCUGGCCUGUUUUGUACAGCACAGACUUCUUGGCCCUGUUGUCAGUGUUGGGGGUGUGGAGGGGGCCCAAAGGUGGGGAAUUAGGGGAUGCACCACCCCUUCUGUCCUUUCUCACAUCCUCCACACCCUGGCAUCUGCCAAGGGCAGAGACUGUCUUGCCUCUUUGAUACUUUUCUGCAUAACUUGAACUUGCAGGUCACCUCUGAACAGGGUACCCCUGUCCUCCCACCCCCAGGCCUUGUCACCUGUCCCU